AUGAGCAGACAUGAUGUAGACGAGGCCGCAGUGCUCAAGCUGUAUGGCAUCUCCUCGCUCAACCCCGAGAGCUGGGAGUCGGUCGACCACGACAAGGAGGGACCGCUCGCGGGGACCAUGACCGGCGAGGACGGCAAGAUGGCCGAAGAACUGGAUCCGCUAGGCUUGAGGGGGAGGCUAUCAGGUGCCAAGGAUCUGGAUAUCAGGACUCGUACUGCGACCUCACUUGGCUCGAAAGCUUUCGAUGCAAAGACGUUCUUGUCAGCUCACCACCCCGACGCGACCCACACCGACCUUCGGAGGGGAAUAGCAAAUCUUGAGCGAGCAAUUGAAUCGCGGUCGGAAGCUGUUCGUAUUCUUGUCGAGGAGAACUUUGACCGCUUCGUCGCUGUCAAGGCUUCUAGCGACGUCGUAUACAAGGAUAUGAAGCUUGGAUUCUUGGCUGGGGACACGGAUCACGGAACUCGGGAAGUCAGGGAGAUCUUCAAAGUGGCUGCACACCGAGCCGAUCAGGUAUUCCUGCCCGUCCUGGAGAAUGCUGUCAAGGCGCAGAAGCUUCGGUCGACGUUGGGCGUAUUUGAACGGUCCAAGUUCCUCUUUAACCUCCCGGGGUCGCUUUUGGAGUCUAUCAACGCAGGCAAAUAUGACCAAGCUCUGCGUGAUUACAAGAAAGGCCUCUUCCUCAAAACCUCCAAAACUGGCCAACUUAUCCCCGGCGUUCAAGCCAAUACGGCCGAGCAAAAGGCGCAGCAAAAGCGCGUCUUUGACAAGGUCUGGGACUCGGUCGAGGGUAUCAUGGAUGAUAUGCGGAAGAGACUGGACGAGGGGCUCAAGGACUCGAAUAAGAGUGUAGAGGAGCAGGAGAAGGUCAUUGAGAUUCUUAUCGAAUUGGAAGGCUCGGAUGAGCCGGCUUGGGCUUGGCUGGAGUACCAACAUGCGCAUAUUAUCGACAGGAUGAAGGUGAUCUCGCAAAAGGCCCAGCAGGCCGUGAAGUCUGUGACGGAGAAGAUGGCGCACAUGCCGUCCACCUCGACUGCCUACACCGACCUCAUCAAGCGUCAACUCGCACAGCCGCAGUACAUCCUGAACGAUCAGCAGCGUGAGUUUUGUUUCUGGCGUAUAGCCAAAGCUUGCAUGGAUGGCAAGUAUCGCAAGGUAGGUCGAGCAUCCUCUUGCCUAUCUACUUGGGCUAAUGUCCAGCGCGAAGCCUCCGGUACCCUUUCUGCUACCUCUCGCCCCUCAUCCGCGUGCCGGACAAUGGCAAUGGAGAUCGUCCGCCUCUACAUCUCCUCACUGUCAUCCUUCUUCACCCUGUCGGAUGCCGGCCUCGCCGACGUACCCCGCAAAGACGGAGCAGAACUGCGUGUGCCGCCUUUUGUUCCAGCUGGAACUACCGUCCUCACGGCUUGCUUCUUCGCAGAACGUCUAGUCGACGAGGUCGCGGAGUGCGUGGCCGAGCUGGGCGUGGUCGAUAUCGGAAGCGACGCCCUGAACAGCUCGAGGCAGCUGGUCGAGAAUGUCAGGUGGAGGAUGGAGGAGGUGAUCUGUGCCACUUGGGCGAAGGACGCCAAAGCCCUUCACUCGCUGGAGGACUGGACUCCAUCGCCGUCGCGAAAGGGUAGUACGGUCUACCUCAACACCGUGGACGCCUUCCAGGACCGCGUGUCCGUCGCUGCCAAGCGGAUCGCUGUACUGCAUCGCGAAAAGGAGGCCCUGGCGAACAACUACAAAAGGCGGAUCAAGGACAGUUUUGUCGAUACGCUGUGUUUCCUCUUCGAUGGGCUCCUCACCAGUGCUAUGGCUCCAUCAGAGGCGGAUAACGGGCGGCGACCGAGCAGGGUCUCAGUCGUGAAGGCUGUAGUGAAGGAUAUGGACACCAGACUUCUGACGACGCUUGCCCAAUUCGAAGUCCUGAAGCAGACCCUCCUGCCAGUGAUCAUCACGCGCACCGCCAAAGUCCUCGAGACUGAGAUGUUCCGAGAUCAGGCGACCCUGGUCGAAGUCCUAGACAACAUGGACGGGAUGGUCUUCCGAGAGUUGAUCAAGCGGAAACAGGAGCCACUGCGGCAGAUCGUCCAGGAUGGGGUAUUGCGGAGUGGGAUAGACUGGCUCAAUACCGGCAAACCGACUGAGGUCCGCUCGUACAUGCACAAGGCAAUUAUACAGCUUGUCGAGUCGCACGUCAAGGUCGCGGAUGUGGCGCCUUCGCUAGUCAGCCGUGUACUCGAGGCGCUGGUCGAAGGCAUCACGGACGUGGCUCUACAGGGCUUCCAGCAGAUCCCAAAGUUUGGAACUGGAGGCAUGUUGACUGCGACACUGGAGAUCGAGUUUCUGCAUCAAUCCGUCAAUCCAUACGUUACGCCCAAAGCCAACGACACAUUGUCCAAGAUCUACGAUACCAUCUCCCAGGCGUACAAGCGGCAGAAGAACACGGAUGAUUUCCAAAAGGAGCUGGAGGGGUUGCGGAAGCUGUUGAGCGACAGCAGGAAGGCGACGGGGAUGGAGACGUUGUGUUUCAAGGGGGCAAAGAAGGGGGAGAGGAAGGCGGAGGGAAAGUAG